AUGGGCUCGGUCUUUUCAUGCCUCGCAUCGACCUUCAUCUACCUCGGCGAAUUCUUGGAGAACGUCUUCUUGGCCCUUGGCGAGAUUGGAGCCGUGCUGGUACGCGGCGUCUUUGGCAUCAUUGUCAACCUCUGCGAUCUGCUAGCAGCGGUGAGCUGUUGCUACCGAGUACCGUGGUCUGAGCGACCGGACCGAUCCUUCUUUAGCUACUCGACCAACACUGCAGCUGUGGUCACGAAUCAGAGUGCUCUCGCAUCUGUCGGAGGCAAGCAAGUGCUGUCGAGCGUGUUGACCAAGGAGGGCAGACAGCUGCGCAAGCAGAUCAAGGCUGCUAGAAAAAAGGAAGUUGCGCUCAAGCAGGAACAAGAUGCAGCUGCCAAGAGCGCUCAAAGCGCAGACGAGCAGAGCAAGAACGGGGCCAAGCCGGACCAGGAGGAGGCCACUGUCACCACCAAAGCCUAG